AUGGCUCCUCCAACUACACCAAAAACACCAAGUAAAGGUUCAAAAAAAAUAAUUAGUAAACAAUCGAAAGUUACUAGUAAAUCUGGUGGUGGCGAAAAAAAAGCUCACAGACGCAAACGCAAGGAAACAUAUUCAAUUUAUAUCUACAAAGUUUUAAAACAGGUUCAUCCUGAUACAGGUAUUUCAAGUAAAGCAAUGUCGAUUAUGAAUAGUUUUGUUAAUGAUAUUUUUGAACGUAUUGCGGCUGAAGCGUCACGAUUGGCACAAUAUAAUAAACGUCAAACAAUUUCAUCUCGUGAAAUUCAAACUGCUGUUCGACUUUUAUUACCUGGUGAACUUGCUAAACAUGCUGUUUCAGAAGGCACUAAAGCCGUAACAAAAUACACCAGUCAAAAAUAA